GCAACAAUUUCCGGCAUUUCGAAUAUAAUACAAAAACAAUUCAAAAACGAAAAUGCGCCACCGCCGGUGAGUUCGUAUCGGAUCUUUUCGGACCGUGUUCGUGAGUUGGCGGCACGUUUUCCUUACCGAAAGUAGCGCAGAUUACUUAAAAAUACCAAAAACCGAACAAAUUGGAACAGCCUCAGCUGGCGGCAGUUUUUCAGUUGCUCAGUUCUUGGGUUCUCCGACUCUGGGAUCCGGCAUUCUGCGUUCGCAUCUGGUGCGAGUACAACGACCAUCUGCCGCCGGUGGUGCUUCAUUUUCCUCAUUCCGAUUCUGUUGGCCGCGCGAAAAACAUGAAAUUGAAAAUCAAUCUGACGUUCCUCUGUGCGACACUCGUCGGCAUCCUGUCCAUCAUCCUAUUGACACAGACCGCGGAAGCCGAGGCCUUUGGAGGCGGCAGUUCUGGCAACGGGGCCGUGGUGUCAUGCAAAGAGCUGAACAAUGUCAACUGCUAUGUGGGCCGAAACGAGGGCAACUUCUGCAGCAGCAAGGACAAGACCAAGGCCGUAACUCGCUGGUAUUUCGACAAGGGGGUCUGCAAGCCCUUCAACUACAAAGGCUGCAAUGGCAAUCGCAAUCGAUUCUGCUCGCAGGAGAGCUGCGAUUCGCGCUGCGGCGACUGAUUGGCAUUAGCGGAUAUAUGGGAUAUACGAGUAUAUUCCUCCGUACCUAGUCGAUAAGUUUGUACGCGUAUGCUUAGAGUAAGAGCAAUUAGAAAUCACACCGCACACUAAACAAAAAAAGUCAUUUCGUCAUUAAUCAAAGAGCACUAAUCUUUCUAAACUUUUACUAAAAUAAUUAUUUUUUUAUUUAAUUUAACUUUACUUGUAAAUUUUAGGUGUUUAUUUGUUUUUAAAUGUAGUAAAUUUUUGGAAAUUAGCAUCGGUGUUUUCAAAUGCGAAUUUAUUGUGAUUGUUUUUUAUUUAUUGUUUUGCUUAACUUAUUUUAUCCACAAAAACCUUUUAUUUCUUACCUAUUUUAUGUAAAUCAUUUUUUAUUUCAUAAAUCAUUUUAAAGUAUGCUUUUAUUAUAAAUCAAAGAAUUAAAACACGGAAAAUAAAAUUUCAACACAAAAAAACUAACUGUUGUUCAAAUUGUAA